ACCUUGGCUACAACGAGGGCAGGCGUUUGCCAACCAGAGAAAGAAGGAGAGUACAGCUCGCAGCGCCGAUCAGCUAAGCAUACAAGAGACAGCAAGCACGAGCAUAGUUUUUCCCAUCAGUUUACGGCGUAAAGUCCCUUCAGCUCAAUCGAUUUCCAAGCUUUUCCUCGAUCAGCGCAUUAAGCAAGAGUGACGAAAUGGCCGCAUGGAGAGCAGCUGGAUUGAACUACAUCAACUAUUCGAACAUCGCCGCGCGUUUGUUGCGGAAGGCGUUAAAGCCUGAUCUAAGAGUUCAGGCUGCCCGGCGGGAUGAUUCGCACAUCAAGUUUACGAAGUGGCAAGGUGGAAAGCCAGAGAAUGAAAAAUGAUAUGUUCGUUCUUCCACUUAGUUGCCUAUCAAAUCGUCAACGAGUAAAUCCCGAGAAACAUCAACAAGGCACUAGUAACAACUAGUAUCGUGAAUAAAUCUUGAAUGAUAUAAAUUCGAA